UUAUCAAUCAACAACUCGAAAGCCAACAAAAAUACUUUUCCUUACCUAAACUCUGGCGCAAAAUUAAAGCAAGGGGAAGUUGCAUGUAAACGACGCACAAUAGACGUCUUAUACGCGUCGAAAUAUUGGUUAAUGCUUCACCGUCGUAGGUUUCGAUUUCGACUUCUAUAAAAUUAAAUCCCUAGACCUCUUCCUCCAUCACAAUCCAAAAUCAAAUCUUCUCAAUUUCUCCCUUAAUCGCGACUUACGAUCAAAAAGAUGCAGAUCUUCGUUAAGACUCUCACGGGAAAGACCAUCACCCUCCCGAUCAGCAGAGGCUCAUCUUCGCCGGAAAGCAGCUUGAAGACGGCAGAACUUUGGCCGACUACAACAUCCAGAAGGAGUCUACGCUUCAUCUCGUUCUCAGGCUUCGUGGUGGUAUGCAGAUCUUUGUCAAGACCUUGACCGGAAAGACCAUCACUUUGGAGGUUGAGAGCUCCGACACCAUCGACAACGUCAAAGCCAAGAUCCAAGACAAGGAGGGUAUCCCUCCAGACCAGCAGAGAUUGAUCUUUGCCGGAAAGCAGCUUGAAGACGGUCGUACCUUGGCUGGCUACAACAUCCAGAAGGAGUCAACGCUUCACUUGGUGCUGCGUCUGCGUGGUGGUAUGCAGAUUUUCGUGAAGACACUUACGGGCAAGACCAUCACGUUAGAGGUGGAGAGCUCUGACACCAUUGAUAACGUGAAGGCCAAGAUCCAGGACAAGGAAGGCAUUCCUCCAGACCAGCAGAGAUUGAUCUUUGCCGGAAAGCAGCUCGAGGAUGGUCGUACCUUAGCUGACUACAACAUUCAAAAGGAGUCGACCCUUCACUUGGUCCUAAGGCUCCGUGGUGGUUUCUGAAACUAUUGUCGUGUGUUUGAUCAAAAAUCAAAUGUCUCUGUUUACUUGCCCUUCUCGUUUUCUUUGAAACUUUUCAUGGUUUGUGUUUGGGGCCUUGUAAAUCCCCUGGAUGAAUAAUUGAUAGAACUAUGUUUGCGUCCUUA